UGGGGCACGGAUCAAAUUAGCUGGAUAUUGACUUUGUGUUAUCGCUGCGUUUUGGUUGACUGUUGGUUCGCACUAAUCACACUAAUCAUGGCAGAGACGGAUCCGAAAUCAGUGCAGGACCUUACAGCAGUGGUGCAGACGUUGCUGCAGCAGAUGCAGGACAAAUUUCAGACCAUGUCAGAUCAAAUCAUCGGAAGAAUUGAUGAGAUGAGCACACGUAUCGACGACCUGGAGAAGAACAUCGCUGACCUGAUGACUCAGGCUGGGGUGGAGGAAGCAGAAGGAGAGAACAAGGCCAAAGGUGGCGAGGCCUCUUAAUGAAGGUUCCCUGGCUACAAUGGCAUAAAGGAAACUUUGAGAGCAGCAAAUUUUCCCAGUAGUGUAGCUUGAUCUAACCUGAUCUGAUUUUUGUUUGUAUAGUUCUUUUUUUUAUACUGAUUUCAGCUAAUACUUAUAGAUAUAUUCCUGAUAGUGUUCUCUAAUAUUGAGGCUUAUCUUUAUGGAUAGUGCAUAUCAUUUUUUUAGCACACUUUAAGGCCAGCCAGCAGCAUGGUUGAGGCCUGUGACUGUAUUAUGAGCGCACUCUCUGUGUGUGCCAAAGACCAACCAUUCCAGUUUUAACUGAGUUUGUGCUAUUAAAAUGGUUUCAUACAAAA